CGGAAGUCGGCGCUCCGGAGUCAGAGUGCACUUGGGCCGCUCCCGGGACAGGUGAGCAGGCAGGUUGGCCCCGGGGGCCCAGCGGCCGCCGAAGCCCCCGUCCCACCCCGAGACUGCCUGCGCCCGGGUCCGAGCCAGAUCCGGAAGGGAGUCCGCGCGCGCGCUCGCCGCUUUCCAUCAUGCAGGGUGCUAAGGAAGAAAUUCACAUUGUCCCAGAGACAGAAAGUUUCCCUCUCAUGGAGGCCGGAAGCUUCCAGUUCUUAGAGACCUGGGAUUUUGUCCUCGUGUCUAACCUGCAGAAGACAAAUGCAAGCCGAGAUUGUCGUCGCCAGAGUUUCCUAAUGGAACUUGAAAAGAUGGGCUUUACCAUCAAGAAAAUAAGAGACGGUCACAGGCUGUUCUGCGGCAUCAGAGCUCACAGCAUCAUCUUCAGCCAGUACAUGGAACUGGUGAAGGACACCAGCUGCUGCUCCCUCCACACCCUGCCCAUGGGGCCUGUGCCUACCCCCACUGCUCGGAUUCGCAUUGUCAACUUCAUCCUGAGGAAGAAGGAGGUGAAUGGAGAGAACUUCGAGGACCUGGUGAGGGACCACGUCUUCGAGACCAAGUUUCCCCUCCACGAAAGGGAAGAAGAUCUGCAGAGCCACUGGGCCCAGUGGAGAGACAUUUUCUACAGGCAGCCCAUUGGCAAGAUCAGAAACUACUUUGGGGAGAAGGUGGCCCUGUACUUUGCUUGGCUGGGCUGGUACACUGUGAUGCUGGUGCCCGCGGCUGCCGCCGGGCUUCUCGUCUUCCUCAGUGGCUUCUCCCUCUUCGAUGCCAGCCAGAUCAGCAAGGAGGUCUGUGAAGCCAAGGAAACGGUCAUGUGCCCGCUCCAAGACUACCAGCGCAAAUACUGGAGGCUGGCAGAGAUCUGCACCUUUGCCAAGCUCACUCACCUCUUUGAUAACGAGGGCACCGUGAUCUUUGCCAUCUUCAUGGCCCUGUGGGCCACCGUGUUCCUGGAGUUCUGGAAGCGGGAACGGGCAAACACAGCCUCGAGCUGGAACCUCUACGGGUGGGACGAGGACCAGGAGGAGCUGACCCUGGAGCUGAUCAAUAACCCCAACUACCACUUACAGAAGUACCAGCACUCGUACCUGCACAGCAGUGCCAUCCUCAUCUGCUCCCUGAUCAUGAUCUGCUUGUUGAUCGGGAUGGCCCACAUCCUGGUCGUCUAUCGGGUCAUGGCCACCUUUCUGUUCAGCCGCUCGGCCCUGCCCUUCCUGGAGCAGCAGCUGACCACAGCCGUGGUGGUCACCGGAGCCCUGGUGCAUUACAUAACCAUUGUGAUCAUGACCAAGGUGAACAGGGUAGUGGCGCUGAAGCUUUGUGACUUUGAGAAACCUCGAACAUUCUCAGAGCGCGAGAGCAACUUCACUGUCAAAUUCUUCACGUUCCAGUUCUUUGCCCAUUUCUCCUCCCUCGUCUACACAGCCUUCUUCCUGGGCCGGAUAAACGGGCACCCAGGAAAACAGGUCCGAAUCGGUGGUCAGUGGAGGCUGGAGGAGUGCCAUCCCAGCGGCUGCAUGAUGGACUUGUUUGUGCAAAUGGCCAUCAUCAUGGGCCUGAAGCAGACCCUCAGCAACUGUGUGGAAUACCUGAGCCCGUGGCUGACUUACCACAUCCACAAGCUCAGAGAACAGGCCCAGAUGGAGACGUCGGACGAUCCAAACCUGGAAGAAUGGCGCAAAAACUAUUUCCUGAACGAAGUGAACAUUUUCAGCCUGUUUGAUGAGUUCAUGGAGAUGAUGAUCCAGUACGGAUUCACCACCAUCUUUGUGGCUGCCUUCCCCCUGGCCCCGCUCUUGGCGCUUUUCAGCAACCUCAUCGAGAUCCGCCUGGAUGCCAUCAAGAUGGUGCAUCUGCAGCGCCGCCUGGUGCCUCGGAAGGCCAAGGACAUUGGGACCUGGCUGCAGGUGCUCGAGGCCAUCGGGGUGCUGGCCGUCAUCGCCAAUGGGAUGGUCAUCGCUUUCACGUCAGAAUUCAUUCCCCGCCUUGUGUACAAGUACCAUUACGGGCCAUGCAGCCGGGGCAACACCACAGCUGACUGUCUGACCGGAUACGUCAACCAUAGCCUUUCCGUUUUCCAAACCAAGGAUUUCAAGGACCACGUUCCAGAUCAAGGAAUAGAGGAGGUGACUGAGUGCAGGUACCGAGACUACCGGAACAAGGACGAUUACCAUUACUCUGGCGAGUUCUGGUUCCUCCUGGCCUCCAGGCUGGCCUUUGUUAUUCUCUUUGAGCAUGUAGCCCUGUGUGGUAAGCUUAUUGCUGCCUGGUUCGUUCCUGACAUCCCCCAGACUGUGAAAAACAAAGUCCUAGAGGAAAAAUUUGUGGAUUUGCAAAACAAACUACGCCUCAGCUCCAGGGUUACUGAUGUGUAGGAAGGCUAGAAGAUGACUUAGAAGCACCCGAGGCUGCCCAAAGUAGCCUCUGUCUGGCAUGGAUGUGUUGUGACUUCUGGGUCCCUUGGAUUCUGUGAUCUUCCUCGCACAUCAUCUGUGCCCCUGGGGUCCCAGGAGAUGGGCAGCAGUAUUAGAAGGAGGGGUUAACCCUCUGUAUGUCCCACCUUCCUUUGUGAACAAGUUCUGAGCCCUCUGACUUGGUGCCUGGCAGCUGGACCCUGGAUCCACUCAUUAACCCUGGAUGGGAUUUCUACCCAGCCAUGCACUUCUUCAAACCCAGCUUCUGGGAUGCCCUCUGUCCUGCCAGCCCCUGAAGGACUGAGGGGUGUGCCACCCAGGCAGGGCUGGCUGUCUAAACCCUUGUGGAUAAUAAAGUGAUUUUUUAAAAUGUG